UCGUGCGAAUACAUCGAGACGAACGAGGAAGAAGAAGUGGACAGAAGCAGAAGAAGGAUGCUACGUAAGCUGAAGAAGCUCCGCGUUCUUCUCAUUGUGGCUGGACUCACCACCAUGUACAGCUAUCAAUUCCUCUCUUCAGGUGAAAGGAGUUGGAAAUGCGUGGCCAGGAAGAACGUGGUAUUUCUGAAGACACACAAGUGCGCCAGCUCUUCCAUCUUUAACUUGUUAAUGAGACGUGCUCUUGAGAAGGACCUCCUGGUAGCCGUACCCAAGAAGCCGCCCUACAGCCAUAUGGGAUACCCUCUGCACUUCGAUCCGGAAAGGGACAUGAUGGAUUUCGCCUCUCGUGGGAUGAGGCCUAACAUCAUGGCACUUCACAUGCGAUUCAACUACACGGCUGUUCGACAGGUGAUGCCGGCAGACACAGUGUACAUAACCAUCAUGCGCAACCCCAGUGACCUCUUCUUAUCACUCUUCUAUUACUUCAAAUUAUACGACGUCUACAACGUGAAUGCUAGCCAGUUCUUGUACGAACCAUUUCUACUUGAUGUCGUCCGCAAUUCUCGAGUCCACAAGUCACUGGGUUUCAACCAAAUGGCUUUCGACCUCGGGGCUGAACAACAUCACCUUGAAAAUGGAACGGUCAUCGACUCGCUCGUUCGUGCUGUCGAUUCUCAGUUCCACCUUGUGAUGAUUGCAGAGCGGUUUUUGGAAUCUCUGGUUCUCCUCAAGGAGCUGCUUUGUUGGGAAACCGACGACGUCAUAACGUUCAGGCAGAAUGAUAUGAGACGCAAGAAGACACCCCUGCCACGGUCUGCUGCGAAAACAUUGAAGCGAUCGAAUGUGGCAGACGAAGCUCUGUACGCCUAUUUCGUCCGAAAAUUCGACCUCAGAGUCGAAGCGUUCGGGAAAGAACGUAUGCGUGAAGAGGUUAUGAUGUUAGAGAGUAGGCUCAAAUUUUGGUACAAGCGGUGUGUCCACUUCGAUUAUAGGACACGAGACUCUCAAGUUUACGAAUACUACAUGAAACGGCAGAAUGCUUCGACAGAAAGAGUGAUGUGUCGCCGUCUGUCACUCCCGGAGCAAUCUUUCACAGAGGAGUUACGUCAGCAAGCACUCAAACGCUUAGGUGUUAUUCCCAAGAUUGUGGCUUAAUUCUGACUGCUGUUCCUGUAAUCAAUUACUGAUAAUACAUUAGUAAAC